AUGUAUCGAUUGAAUCGACAACAUUGUUAUCUAUGUGAUCUACCUCGUACACCUUGGGCAAUGAUUUAUGAUUUUUCUGAAACUGUUUGUCGUGGUUGUGUAAAUUAUGAAGGUGCCGAUCGUAUUGAAACCAUUCUUGAAAAUGCUCGUAUGCUUCGACGUACAUCAUUAAUUGAUCGAUCAAAUAAUUUUACAUCAUCAAAAACACUUUUACCAAUUUCAACUUCAUUUCUUCCAACAAAUGGUAUACCUUAUCCAUAUAAAUCUUUAUCAAAUGGACAACAUCGUAUAUCAACAUCAUUUAAUAAUCGUCCAUCAUAUUUAUCAUCAUCAUCAUCUCCAUCAAAUGAAGCAACAUCAACACAAGAACCUGAUGAUCUUUCAUUACCUGAAUUAGUUAAAGAUAGUUUACGUUUAUUAACAUCAUCAACUCCAUUUGAUAUACGCCUUAAACGGGAUCCAACUAUUCAAGCACGUUUAUUUCUUUUUGAUUCUCAUCAACGACAUACAUCAACGGGUGGUUCAAAUGAAUAUGAAUUACGUAUAUUUAGUGAAUAUCCUAUUGGUUCAAGUAAUGUACAUGCUAAUAUUAAUUCAUUAUAUCGACAAAUGAAUGCUGAUGUUAAACAAUCUCCAUCAACUGAUGAUAAUCAAUCAAUAAAAAAUCCUUAUAAAGCACUGGAAUAUAGAAUAAAAUCAACAACAACAGAUGAAACAAUAAAUAAUUGGCAUUUAUUAAAUGAUUUACUUCAUGAACGUGUACGUUCAUUUAAAGAAUUACCAAAUAAAAAUCUUUUACCUGAAAUUUAUCUUGAUUUAAAACAAACAAAAUUACCAUCUAUACGUCAAACAAUAUCAAAACGUAAACAUAAUGAUAAUGAUAUAAAUUCAAUUAAUAAAUAUCGUUUAUCAAAACGUUUACGUACACAUCAACAAAUAAAUGAAAGUCUACCAACAUCAAUACCAUUAUUAAUUCUUCAAUGUAGUGAAUGUCAUCAAGCACUUGAAGAUACACAUUUUGUACAAUGUCCAUCAAUAUCUGAACAUCGUUAUUGUUUUUUAUGUUGUAAAAAUUUUAUUAAAAAACAAACAGGUGAAAAAGAAAUUUAUUGUCCAAGUGGUUUAAAAUGUCCAUUAGUUGGUUCAACAAAUGUACCAUGGGCAUUUAUGAGAACUGAAAUUGAAACAAUACUUAAUACAAGAUCACCAUCACCUCCAAAAAUAAAUUCACCAUCAACUUUAACAAUUAAACAAGAAACUGAAAUUUAA